GUAACGUCUAUCAUCUUGACCACACCAGUGGAGAGAGCUAUCUUAUCUCACUGCACCUUGGUUCCGAGCUUGGUUCCGAGCUUGGUUCCGAGCUUGGUUCCGAGCUUGGUUCCGAGCUUGGUUCCGAGCUUGGUUCCGAGCUUGGUUCCGAGCUUGGUUCCGAGCUUGGUUCCGAGCUUGGUUCCGAGCUUGGUUCCGAGCUUGGUUCCGAGCUUGGUUACGAGCUUGGUUACGAGCUUGGUUCCGAGCUUGGUUCCGAGCUUGGUUACGAGCUUGGUUACGAGCUUGGUUACGAGCUUGGUUACGAGCUUGGUUACGAGCUUGGUUACGAGCUUGGUUACGAGCUUGGUUACGAGCUUGGUUACGAGCUUGGUUACGAGCUUGGUUACGAACGCGCU